AUGUUGUGCAACAUUGAGACUCUAGGGAACCCUAUUCUCCCUGAAGAGCUCGCCGCACUCCGCCUCACGCUGCCCGACUUGCAAGGCAGGGCCUUACUUGCGUGGUGCGCCAAACGGCUGAUUCUGGCGUUGGAGAAACUGCACCAACAGGACGUUCUCCAUUGCGAUAUCCGUCCAGGGAACGUUGGCGUUACACGCUCGUGGUCCGUCUGGGAGACCAUCCUGGAAGGGAAGACAGUCGUCGAGCCCAUCAGACCCGUGUUCAUUGACUACCAAUGGGCACGCAUGAGCGGCUUUCAUUCCAAGGUCGCUGAAGGGGCGUCUAUUUUGUGCUGGGCCUAUGCAUCGGACAGAGCGCUUCGUCUGGAAGCGCCGUACUCUGACGUGUAUGACGUCGAAUCACUCUCUCAAAUCUCGAUCUCUGGUGUGGAAGACUUCGAAAACUACUCAGCGAUCCUCCAGAUUCGAGAUAUCGCGCUCGACACCAUGUCCUCGGAGGCUGAGGUGGAACCCGAACUGCUGGCAUUCAUACAUCAUGCUAGGCACCUUUCGCCUACCGAGGCUAUCGACUACACGUGGUGGGCGGAUGUGUUCGAUGUUACAGUAUCCCCGGAAGAGCUCGAGCAUUUCUUCUACGGACGUUAA